AUGAUGACUAGGUCUCAGAAAAUUCAGCAUAUUUCCAGAAAGUGGAAGGACAUUGCUAAGCUUGGACUCGCCCUACCAAUGCGAUCCGAUGAUGAUUAUUGGAAGGCCGAAGACAGUAGUCUGGAGCACCAAGUGACCAUCACAAUUUUAAGCACAGCAUCUACUGAAACUGAAAAUGCCCAUUUCGUCGUCUCUCCGCAUAGCGCACACGCUUCGGAUGGAAGCGCUGCAUCGAUUUUGUCGGAUCUUGCGAACGAAGAACAGUUGCAUCCACCAAGGUAUUCUCGGUCGAGGAGGCGACUCAAAUCACACAGAAGAUUUGGAAGCGCCCCAGCAAAUUUAUCGGUGUCCAAGGAAGACAUUUCAGGAGGGCAAAGGCCAAGCCUCGAUCAAGUGGGCAGUGCCCCCUCAAGUUUGUCAGUGCCCGAUGAAGCCAGCUCAAGAAAGCCAGCGCCAAGUCUCGAUCAAGCGGAAGAAAACAAGUCUGUUGCUCCAGCCAACAACAGCAACAACAGCAACAGUCGGCAAGCGAAAGAAGAACGCAUACAGAGUCAGUUGUCUGCUCGUGUCAUGCAAUUUGUGGAUUCAUUCAAUCCUCUUUCGCUUGAUGAAGAGCCUCUUCCAAAUUAUGCUCUAAUAGAAUCCUUUGACUCGUUAUCAUGGGGGCCGAUGGAUGGUGACGACGCGUACGAGCCCAGAGUAUCGCUCGACUCUGGUCCCUCUGGGUCAAGUUCAAGGCCCAAGAAGUCGGAUCGAAACAAGACAGAAAUCGAUCGGAAUGGAUUUCCAAAGCUACUAUAG